GUCAUGUUCAUGUGUUUGAGCAGUCAGGCCACAGAUUGAACAGAAGACAGAGGAAUGUCUGCUAUGAAGACUGAAGAGGAUGCUAACGGGACGAGCACAGCUAACGGAGGACGAGGAGGAGUGUGUGAGGAGGGCGGCGUCACGGUCCUCAGUCCCACUGAUCUAUCAGAGAUGCUGGCAGCAGGAACCAAAGAAGUUCACGAGAAGGCCGAAAACACCGCGUUUGUCAAAGACUUCCUGAGGGGACGCAUCCACAAGGAGCUCUUCAAGCUCGGCCACGUGGCUUUAUUCUUCACGUACUCCGCCAUGGAAGAGGAGAUCGAGAGGAAUAAAGAGCACCCUCAGUUCGCUCCGCUCUACUUCCCCCACGAGCUCCACCGGCGGGACGCUCUGGCUCGGGAUCUGGAGUUCUUCUACGGCGAGGACUGGCAGAGUCAGAUCCGCAUCUCUCCCGCGGCUCAGCGGUACGUGGACCGCAUCCGGCGGGUCGGCCGGGACCAGCCCGCGCUUCUCGUGGCCCACGCCUACACGCGCUACAUGGGGGACCUCUCGGGGGGGCAGGUGCUGAGGAAGGUGGCCCAGCGCGCACUGAAGCUGCCGCCCACAGGAGAAGGCCUGAGCUUCUACGAGUUCGACGGCAUCCACAGCGCCAAGGCCUUCAAGCAGCUGUACCGCAGCCGGAUGAACGAGCUGGAGCUCGACACACACACCAAGAGCAGGGUCGUGGAGGAAGCCAACCUCGCCUUUCAGUUCAACAUGGAGAUUUUUGGAGAACUAGAGGAGGUUGGAAAGACCCUUCAGGACGAUGUUUUGGACGCCGCUCCUGCUCAUGGCGAGAUACAAGGGGACGUCAGUCAGUGUCCGUACCACGCUGCCAAAACGGCUGCCAGCAGCGGAUCAUCUUACAUUUGUCAAGUGGCCAUGACCGUGCUUAAAAAUCCCUCCGGUCAAGUACUAUUGGCCGCCUGGAUCGCUGCUCUAGCCGGAUUGGCUGCUUGGUACCUGAUGUGACCUCCUGUGACCCAAUCUUAGUGCAUCCCAUUUGCCCCCUCGUCCUUGGAUAAAUGUGAUUUAAAAUGAUAAUGUAUGAGCACAGACUUUUUAAACGCAGGAUAGCAUAGGUUAUUGUGGCAGCCGUUACUGUUGCACAUGUCAGUGUUGAUGAAGUUAAGGCUGGAGAAGAGCUGCGGAAAUAUGCAGAGUGUUAUUUUUAUAGUUUUAUCGCAGUAUCGAGUCAGAUUUGGUGCAACAAGUCAAAUGGGCCGAAACAUAUUCUACGCAAGUACGUGAACAUAAACGCAAGAUUGAUUACAUGCGUCAUGUUAAUUGUGUUGAAUUCUCAUUCAUCACUAUAAGGGGCGCUAUAGAAGGUAUUAGUGCAAAUCGUCUUCUACAGUCAGUUUUAUUGGCCCAUUUGUCAUGCGUGCUUUCAAAUGAGAUAUGCUAUGCAUACAUGCAGCAUUUACAAAGAAAAGCAGUACUUCUGCAGGGCAGACUACUGAGAUGUAAGGUCAGAAAAAUGACUGCCACAACGGUUAAUAAAGAAA